GCAGUGUCCGAUUUUGCGCUCGCUAAGCGCUAAGCAGCGCUUUUGUGGUUGAGGAUAAAAACUCAAAACUGUCAAAGUGAUUUUUGAUUUUUCAACUUGCCGAGGAUUUUUUAAAUUUGAGGUCUUUGGAUAAAAAAUCUUUGACAAACUUGCUUCUUGUGCAAUGGGAAGUUCUUUCAUUAUUAAUAUGAAGCCAAAAACUGAUUUAGAACCAGAUGAUAAGCCUUUAAUAAAGUCAGAGUGCACUUAUCCUGACCAUGUAGCAGAUUACGAUAGAAUUAAACUUGAAGCAAAAUUAGAGCCUGGGAUUGAAAUUAACUCGACAGCAGACUCGGUUGACCAGAUGAAAAUUGAGUUCCAACGGUCUGAAAAACUGGAAGAAAAACUACUGCUCAACAGCACAAAUUUUGAAAACGUGGACGCCUUAGGGCUGCACGAAGAAUUUGACAUUAAGACUGAGAGUGAACAAUGUGACAGCCAUGAUCUGAUGUCCUAUAGCGCCCAGAUAGAGGAGUGUUGGAAAAGGGAACAAAAAUAUUCGCACAUCGAAGAAGAAAAAGAGUCAUUUAGCUGCUAUAUUUGUAACUAUUUGUGUUAUUCUGAAAAGGAAUUAAAUGACCAUAUCAAGGAGAAUCAUUCGGCAUCGAAUUUAUCAGGGCACAUGUUGAAACACACCAAUUCAAAAACUUUUGAUCAGUACAUAUGCAAACAUUGUAAUAAGUCAUUCAAAGUGAAGCUGUCGCUGUUUGACCAUAUUCUAAAGAAGCAUCCCAACUUUAGCGGGACAGUUCCUAGUAAGAUACAUGAAUGUAUGCAUUGUGCAUUCAAAACAACCGGUAGGAAUAUUAUUAAAAGGCACAUGGUAACGCAUGAUACUCACAAGCACUUUGAGUGUACAAACUGUGAGGCAUCAUUUAAAACUAAGCUAUGUUUAGAUGACCAUAUUUUAAGAAAACAUGCCGAGUUUACCGAUUCUGUGUCUCAUAAAAUACACAAAUGUGCAGAAUGUGAAUAUAAAACUACCUUCCCAGACUCCUUAGCUAGGCAUAUCAUGAAGCAUACAGGAACUAAGCUCAUGUGUACAAAGUGUGAUGCGUCAUUUACAACCAAACUACGGUUAGACAACCACGUUUUAAAGGAGCAUCCUGGAUUUACUGCUUCUGUAUCUAGCAAGAUACACGAAUGUAUACAUUGUGAAUAUAAAACUACAUACGGGAGGGACUUGGCUGGGCAUAUGAUGAAACAUACUGGAACUGAGCACACGUGUACACGGUGUGAUGCUACAUUUACGAAGAAAUUAUCAUUAGAAAACCACAUUUUACAGAAGCAUCCAGAGUUGGCUGCUUCCGUGUCUAGUAAGAUACAUGAAUGUACACGUUGUGAAUAUAAAACUACAUACAAAAAUUAUUUAGCUGUUCAUAUGAUGAAACAUACUGGAGCUAAGCUUACGUGUACAAAGUGUGAUGCGCCAUUUAUUAAGAAAAUAACAUUGGACGACCACAUUUUACAGAAGCAUCCAGAAAUGAUUGCCUCUGUUUCUCGUAAGAUAUACGAAUGUACACGUUGUGAAUAUAAAAGUACUGAAGCGCGACAUUUAGCUAGGCAUCUCAUGAAACAUACUGGAGCUAAGCUUUCGUGUACAAAGUGUGAUGCGACGUUUAUACUUCAACGGUCACUGGAGCACCACGUUUUACGGAAGCAUCCUGAGUUUACUUCUUCUGUGUCCAGCAAGUUACAUGAAUGUACACAGUGUGAAUAUAAAACUAUACACGCGCCAUAUUUAGCUAACCACAUCAUCAAACAUACUGGAUCUAAGCUGACGUGUACAAAGUGUGAUGCGUCAUUUGCAAGCAAACAAUCGUUACACAACCACAUUUUGCAGAAACAUCCCGAGUUGGCUGCUUCCGUGUCUAGCAAGAUACAUGAAUGUACACAGUGUGAAUAUAAAACGACGUUCACGCAAUACAUAACAAGACAUAAAGCUAAUCAUAUGCGAAAAUAGAUCUUGAAGAUCCAUUAUUCUGAAUGCGUGCCGUGUGCCACGUGUAAUUUCAACAAAUCUUUUUUGAAGUAGUCUAUGUUAUCUGACGUUUACCUUGAAUUGUCUUAUUUUUAAUAAAAAAGCACUAACAUUAUUAAAAAAUAAAGUAACUAAAUGAAACGAAAUUCCAAAGAACGAGCAGACGUAAAAACUUGAAACUACCACUACCAGCUUCUUUUGUGCAUUGUGGACAGAAAUAUAUAGAAUCCCUCCAUAAUUUUUGCGCUUCCCAACAAUAUUUAUAUCAGCGCCUUGUCGCUUUCCCUUUCAAAUCUUUUGGGCAAAAUUCUGGGACGAGAAAUCAUGAUAGGUCGUGCUUUUGGAGCAGGUGGUAACAAGGAUUCCAUAAUAGAUAAUCUGAAAUCGUAAAAAUUGCUUUCCCGUCGGCUUUUGAAUAAAUAGCAAGAGUUUAUAAGCAUACUAAACAAGACUGAACGCACCUGGCGCGCUGACAGUGUUAAACGAAUAUAAUUGUAUUUACUAAUUAGCAUUCAUUUAUGUAUACGAAUUUAACUGGUACACUUCCGGAUUUCGCAUUUAUUUUACCUAAUGUUUUUGUUGUUUGAGGACGUGAUCUCAAUUCAAACUAAGCACAAUUUUUUGCUGUACAUAUACAGGGUGACUUCGAAGUUGAGUCAUUUAUUUUAACAGUGAGUAGAUCUGAUCAAAAGAAAUGUUUUUUUCCUUUACCAUUUUUCUGGUAAAAUUAAAGUAACAAAGUUAUAGCCCUUUGGAAGUUUGAGUACCGCCCUGUCUCAAUAACAUCAUGUGCUCGUGUUUGGCAAAAACGGAUAUAAUCCACCUUAUCGGUUCAUCGCAUCGGAAACAAAAAAGCGAAAGAAUUUGGAACGAUGUUUACUUUAUUCAGUUCAGUUAUACAUACAAUCAGUGUCAGUCGCGUGUCAAUAGUGUCUGUUGCGUGGCUCAAACGAAAUAAAAAAUGGCACAUGUUUAUGCGGAUCGGUUUCCCAAUCGAGUGCAACCAACCCCUCGUGCCUUUGUUAAUAAUAGUACAACGGGCUCGUGAAUCAGGUGACUUCAGACCUCACAGGGGACCUCACGAUCAAAUACAGGUCCGCACUGAAAUACUUGUCGGGAGGAUACUUUAUAAAACAAGGUAAAAAUUUUUUUUUAUUUUUUUUUUAUUUUUACACACAUAUUUUGGUUUAUCUUCCUUCUACAAUCAUUAUCUGAAAAUUAAUGACUCAACUUCAAAGUCACCCUGUAUAUAUAUAUUUCUUCAUUGUUUUAC